GUAAUAGGGGGCGUCGUUCUCCAGCAUGGUUGCGGUGAAGUGGUGGUGUUUUCAGCGUGCUAUUUCCUUAUUACACCUUUUGCGAAUGGGGUGGCCACGAAAAUAAACGAGUGCCAAAUGGGAAAGCAUAACUGUGAUAUUAGAGAGGUAUCGAGUUCUUAACUCGAUUUAUUUUGUUCAGCACACAGCGAGAUAAAGUAUCGCAAUGAUCUGCAUAAUGGUACUAUGAGGCAAUGCGUAAAAGGAGUUUUAUUUUAAUUGUUUCACUGGCAUUAGUAUCAUGGGGCGGCGUUACAUAUCACCUCUUUUCUCAAAGACCACUAGCAAGCAAAGUUUUCCGCCCCGGGAAAAUACGAACCCAGCUAGAUCAGCUCGAGCAAGAACUGCAAGCCCAGGUCUCUGCAAAUGCCGAGCUUCUCAACAAUCUUAGACACAUAAAAGAAAAAUUGAAUGCCCCAGAUAACAAAACUGAAGCACCGGUGCUGGGUGACAAUCCUACCAUUGCAGUGCUGCUGUUCGCCUGCAACAGGAUAACCGUAAAGCGUCCCAUUGAUCAACUUCUCAAAUAUCGUCCAUCAAAAGAAAGGUUUCCUUUAAUUGUUAGUCAAGAUUGCAACCAUGCUGUGACUGCAAGCGUCAUUAAAUCAUACGGGGAACAGCUGACUCAUAUUCAGCAACCAGACCAAAGUGACAUUCCAUUAGUAGGCAAACAAAAGAAGUUCAAAGGCUAUUACAAGAUAGCCAGGCAUUAUGGAUGGGCUUUAAACAAGACUUUCCACGACUUCACGUAUGACUCGGUAAUCAUAGUUGAAGAUGACCUGGAACUGUCUCCAGACUUUUUUGAGUAUUUUGCUUCUCUCCAUACCAUACUGAGAAGUGACCCCACGCUUUUCUGUGUUUCUGCUUGGAACGACAACGGGAAAGCAGGCUUAGUGGCAGACAACCCAGAGCUGCUUUACCGGUCAGAUUUUUUCCCUGGUCUGGGCUGGAUGAUGACAAAAGACAUCUGGCUUGAACUUCAGACUAAGUGGCCAACAACAUUCUGGGAUGACUGGAUACGGCAGCCAGAGCAGCGAAAGGACAGAGCUUGUAUUCGUCCAGAGAUAUCCCGCACGAAAACAUUUGGGAAAAUUGGUGUUAGCAAUGGUCUUUUCUACGAGAAGCAUUUGAAGUUCAUACAGCUGAAUAACAAAUUUGUGCCUUUCACCAAGAAGGAUCUCAGUUAUCUAAAAAAAGAUAAUUAUGAUGUGACAUUUGUGAAGGAAGUCUAUGGAAGUCCAUCUGUAACAAUAAAGCAGCUCUUGAAAGGUGGCGUGGAAGGCUCGGAACCAGUUAGAGUCACCUAUGACAGCAAAGCAUCCUUCAAAACUAUUGCCAAAAGCUUGUCACUGAUGGACGAUUUCAAGUCUGGUGUACCGAGGACUGGCUAUCGUGGUGUUGUGUCAAUAAUGUAUCAUGGUAGGAGGGUCUACAUCGCUCCACCAGCUGACUGGAAAGGAUACAACAAGUCGUGGAGUUAGCAUUUGCCAGAACCUUGAAAAUAGCUCAACUGCGUGUGUGUGUGUGCGUGCAUACAAUAGCACCAUUCCAGACACUUGAGUGCUGAGUGUUGCCAAGCCUAAUGUGUUUCAGCAGUAUACAUACUGAAGCGCUUGAUGAGUUAGUGUUGCUUUUUACUCUGGUGUUCAUUCUUUCCACUUUUAUUGUGAACCUAUGUUUAAGAUGUAUGACACUAUUCUACACCCUUUGUUAAAACAAGCGCGGCUGAGGCAUGUUUACCAUCUAUGAAAUUUCGUUUCCCAGAGCGGUUUGUGAGAAAGUGAUACCGGUAGCAGAAUAAUGUAGUGAGUUUUAUCAUAUUGGUUCCCUAUUUUCAAGGAAGAAACUAUGUGAAUGUAGCUUGAAUGUGUGUAUGAAGUAGGCGAGGCAUUGUAAAUAUUUUAGUGUAUAAAUGUAAAUAUAAUCCAGACUGUACUUGGGUAUUUGAUGGGUUCCAGCUGUCUUGUUCCAUUAUGUCUAGCAUCUCUUAGCUAUUUCUGUUUCUUUAUUAGAUACUCACGUAUUUUAUCUUUCCUUCAUAGAAUUUAAAAUGACACUCACUAUAGCUCUGCGGGCAUACUUUUAACUUUGUUUCUACGUGAGUUUCUGAUUUGUUGUUGCACAAAAUGUAGAUAUAUUACGUGUUAAGUUUAGAGUUGAUUUCUAAGGAAAUUGUGUACUUGAAUGACAGGGUUAUUGCAUUAAAAUGGUAUCGAGAGGGAACUGA